UCCUUUCUUCAGUAGGGAAUGUUUUUGAGGUUAGAUGUAGCAUUUUACCCUAGUGUCUAUGAUUGAUCUCCGGAUUCGUUCCACUCAGAAACGCAGGAUGUGCUCCUGCCCACACCUGAAAGACUUUAAAAAGGCUGAUGGCUUCAAAGUCUUUCGUAAAGUCCACGCGCAUUUCGUCUGCUGCGGUUCUCGCGAGGCAAGGAAACGAAAGGCAAGCUUGUGUCACUGUCACGAAUGUGGAACAUAUUCAAGUCGUCUCCAUUCCUGUCUUUUGUGCGUAUAUUUUGGUUGCUAUACCGGAAACCGGCACAUUCACCAUCACGCAAAAUCCACCGGUCAUUCUUUAGCUUUGGAUCUGACUCAUGGCGUAAUCUACUGCUUCGUGUGCAGAGACAAUGUAUACGAUCUGGAUUUGGAGAAGAUUCGUGUCGAGCAAACCAGCAGAGCUUGGAAAACCUUAGCUGGACAUAGUCUCAGUAAGUAUGUUCCAUGGGAACCAACUAAAGCUGAACUACAACUGCUCAGAGAAAACAAGAAAAGAAUAAAGCUUGAAACAAAUUCAUUCAUAGGUCUUAGAGGACUUAUAAACCUUGGAAAUACUUGCUUCAUGAACUGCAUUGUCCAAGCAUUGACUCAUACUCCAUUGCUAAGAGACUAUUUCUUGUCUGAUCAACACGUCUGUGCAGGAGACAAAGACCAGUGUAUUGUAUGCGAAGUUGGCUCAGUCUUUCAAGAGUUUUAUUCAGGGCAAAAAGUUCCACAUACUCCUUUCAAACUGUUGCAUCUUGUGUGGACUCAUGCGCGGCAUUUGGCUGGUUAUGAACAGCAGGAUGCACAUGAGUUUUUCAUUGCUGCUCUUGACGUCCUUCAUCAGUACUGUAAAGAUGAUGCACCAGACAAAGACAUCUUGGUUCCUAAUAAUCCCAACAGAUGUAACUGUAUCAUUGAUAGAAUAUUUACUGGUGGCCUGCAGUCAGAUGUGACAUGUCAAGCUUGCAAGUGUGUUUCAACCACCAUUGAUCCUUUCUGGGAUAUUUCUCUAGACCUUGGAAAUGUUGAUCAUAGUAAUGGAAGAAGCAGUUCUGGUGCGUCAGCUGCAUCAACUCCAGACCCCACCCCUCCAGAUGAAAAUGGUCAACCAGCCCCAGAGAACAAUCAUCAUGAUGAAAGCUUUGUUCCCAAAUCACUUAUUGAAUGCUUGAGAAGAUUUACAAGACCCGAAAGGCUUGGUAGUGAAGCAAAAAUAAAAUGUAGUCAAUGCCAGACAUACCAGGAAUCUACCAAGCAGUUAACAAUGAAGAAAUUGCCUAUAGUAGUUUGUUUUCAUUUUAAGCGUUUUGAACAUUCAAAGAAAUCCAAGAAAAUUUCAACGUACAUCCCUUUCCCGCAACAACUAGACAUGGCUCCAUUUAUGGCAUCAAGAUUGAAUGGUAAUGUUGAUCACAGUCAGCCCACCUUCCCAUGUGAUGCGAAGUAUACUUUAUUUGCUGUCGUGAACCACAGUGGUACAUUAGAAGUUGGUCACUAUACGUGUUUCAUUCGUCAACAGCAGCAGUGGUUUAAAUGCGACGAUGCAUGGAUCACGAAAGCUACGUUGGAUGACGUACUUCAGAGCGAAGGAUAUCUACUUUUCUACCACAAGAAAGUCCUUGAAUACGAAUGACUGCGUAGAAGUCUAAAAAAAGUCAGAUCAAAGAGUCAGAUCAAAUAAGAUUAUCACCAUGUUCUUUGAUAAAUUACCCAAAAAAUUGUACAUUUUGAUCAAUACUGUUUUCAUGUCAAUGCUUCAAGUAAAACAAGCCUCCCUGCCGUUUUGGUCGAAGAACCCAUGAAGGCUCCACACAAAUUACUUUCUUGGCAAAAGUGGUUGUGCAAAUCUACUCUUUUUUGCUCAGCUGUCAAAAGUCUCUUAAAACGUUCGGUCUCUAAUCUUCAAGGGACAAUAAAACUUGGAUCUUGUUAUCGAAAGGACUUUUAAAUUUGACCAAUAAUUUUCGUCAUCGGAAGGAGACAUUGUGCAAAACUCGUUUUAUAAAUUUUGAAUACACUUACUAUGCAAGCUUUACAGCGUUUCAAAUGAUAAUAUAAUUGGAAAAUCCCAUGCUUUUUGUUGAAGAAAUUAUCACCCUUUUUGAAAGUGAAAAUAUGAUUUUACACAAGAACUAGUGACACUAAGUGUCAUUUCCCUUACUUGUCACAUAAAACCUCUUCAGUUGUGGGAGAAUAAGCAAACCUUUUAUUCCAUGUAAUUGCUUUCAAGCCCCCAACUCUAUCAUUUUCUCAUUUUCUUUAAUUAGUUUGAUAACUUAAUUUCGUACAUAAUACAAAGUUGUUAAUGAAUAAUAGAUUUAUAAAAAUUAUUUGGUAUAAAUAUGUAGGAAUGUAUUUAUUUGAGGUGCU